ACGCAGCUAAACGUUGGAUGCGAUCCAGAAGAAGAAGAAGAAGAAUCAGCUCUUUUUACUGUGUCACUUUUUCGUCAUGGCAGCUACCAGCUGGGAAGACUCCGUCAAAAGUCUGAAAGGUGUGAUUUUAGACAUGUGCGGGGUGUUAUAUGAUGCUGGAGAAGACGGCGGCACACCGAUUCCAGGCUCCGUAGAAGCGGUGAAAAGGCUAAAGGCCUCGGACCUGCAGGUGCGCUUCUGUACCAACGAGACCCAGGCCACACGGGAGGUGUUUGUAGCCAAGCUGCAGAGGAUGGGCUUUGACAUCUGUGUGUCUGAGGUGUUCUCCCCAGCCCCGGCUGCCGUGGCUGUCCUGAAGGAGAGGGGGCUACGACCCCACCUGCUGGUCUAUGACGGUGUUGUCCCUGAGUUUGACAGUGUUGAAAAGGACAACCCAAACUGUGUUGUCAUAGGAGACGCAGCAGAGAAGUUCUCCUACCAGAACCUCAACGAUGCCUUCAGAGUUCUCAUAGGGCUGGAGAAACCAGUACUGUUCUCUCUGGGCAGAGGGAAGUACUACAAAGAGGAUGAAGGCCUGAACCUGGAUGUUGGGGUUUACAUGAAGGCAUUGGAGUAUGCCUGUGAUGUAGAAGCUGAGGUCAUUGGGAAGCCAGACCCCAUGUUCUUUCAGAAAGUUCUGGAUGACAUGGGGAUUCAGUCACACCAGACUCUGAUGAUUGGAGACGAUCUGGUGAAUGAUGUGGGCGGGGCCCAACACUGUGGAAUGAAGGGUGUCCAAGUGAGGACAGGAAAAUACAGGCCCAGUGAUGAGAAGCACCCCACAGUCACAGCUGAUGGCUAUGUGGACAACCUUGCGGAGGCUGUGGAAACCAUCCUGAAGCUCCGGGGCCAGUGAGGAGAGGACCAGGAAGAACCACCUUCACCACCACAAUACACCACACACACAGUGAUUACUCUAGUACGAUCUGACAACAGGGAGUAACCCACUAACAUAGAGAGCCAUGGAGAGAUAGAGCCAAGAUGGAGGAGAUAGAAGAACACAGUCUUAGAGGAGAUAGAGCCAUGUUGGAGCCAAGAUGGAGGAGAUAGAAGAACACAGUCUUACAGGAGAUAGAGCCAUGUUGGAGCCAAGAUGGAGGAGAUAGAAGAACACAGUCUAAGAGGAGAUAGAGCCAUGUUGGAGCCAAGAUGGAGGAGAUAGAGCCAUGUUGGAGCCAAGAUGGAGGAGAGUUAGAAGUUAAUAACCUCAUGGUCAGAAGGCAACUAGUUAGGUAAGUUAAUGACCUCAUGGUCAGAGGGCAACUAGUUAGGUAAGUUAAUAACCUCAUGGUCAGAGGGCAACUCGUUAGGUAAGUUAAUGACCUCAUGGUCAGAGGGCAGCUAGUUAGGUAAGUUAAUGACCUCAUGUUUACCUGAAGGUGCGUAAAGCCAGUAGCCUCUGUACACACUGAGGACGGACUGGAUGGAGGUGGACUGGACUGGGUCUAGUGGACUGGACUGGGUCUAGUGGACUGGGUCUAGUGGACUGGACUGGGUCUAGUGGACUGGACUGGGUCUAGUGGACAGGACUGGGUCUAGUGGACUGGGUCUAGUAGUGGGCUGUGUCCAUGUGAUAGUACUGUGGAUUUAGCUGACUAAGUUAAUGUUUUGGAUACUUAUUUUCCACCAUAAUUUGCGAAUAAAUUCAUUAAAAAUCCUACAAUGUGA